AUGCUAAACUCCUCAGUGGCGCCAACUUUAAACUACUCAGAGGUCCCACUAAUCCGGUGUUCGUAUACUCGCGAAAACGGCGGAUGUGUUUUUCUCUUUUUGAUUCCAUCAAACGUAGUUCGUGGAUUUGUUGAAGAAAUAGAGUCAGCCAGAUUUGAGUAUUUGGGCUAUCAAUGGAAGCUGCGAGUGAUUCGCAGCAAGGUGCACAUUGGCGCGUUCGUCCAUUUGUUGGCAUUAAGGCCCUCGACCAACUUCGAGCUGCGUGUGGACCUAGCCCUCACCAUCCUCAAUAAGGAGCACUUCAGCAAAAACCAGGAUUACUUUAGACCGAAGAUCUUGUUUACCAGGUUUAACGACAAACACGGCUGUAAGACCCUGAUAGAGCUGUCAGGGCUGUGUGCUGACGGGUUCCUUUUCGAUGACAACAGCUUUCUAUUGGAGGUAGAAUUCACCAAUCCCAGACUAGACAUUGCCCUCCAGUUACACAGUACGUCUGAGCUGCUACGAUUCCUGCGCAACACAUACGUCGAUAGGUAUGAUGCAGACGACAGUGAACAUGGUCCUAUCCUCUUCGUAUCUGAAGCCUUCAACGCUGGUGGCACGAGCUGUCACCUAGGUCUUUCAAUGACUCACGCCAGCGUCUUCGGCCAAGGCAAAGAAGACGACAAGAUCUCGCUCUACACCUUCCACCGAAGGAAACAAGGAAGCCAAAACGGCAAGCUAGAAAGGCAUUUCUCGUUCAUUGAGUUUGCGUGUGAAUUUGGGACGCAUUUUUCCAAACGGAGGAUGCAGUUCAUCGUCGAUUCCAUCAGUGGAAUGUCGUCGAUGGUGAACCUUAACCAGGACGAAGCCAAUGCCGUGACGAGUCUGGUACGCGAGCAAAUCGGAACGCAUAUCGCCAAGAAGGUCCCGUUUAAGCACUUUAACGUAGUCCUUAACGUUAAGCUCAACUCCGUUCGGUUGCGACACCUCAUUCCAAAGACCCUUCUUCCACUUCACCCCAAGUCACGACUCUUCUGCGCAAGAGUACUCUGCGAGCGUGGCAACGCCACCUGCGAUGUGUACGCCUACCUCAGCGACCUUGACCUCGUUUUUGACCUCCAGGUAGAAGCGAAAUCUCACAAACCCCCGGCACAUACCAACUACGUCGAUCUGCUCUGGUGGCGAGUUUAUUCAAACUGCGGCGACAUCAACGACCUGGGUGCCUUAACAGACGACUCCACGGUUGCCUUGAGCGCCACGACGGCUCUGCGUCGUUUCCAUGGCAACGAGGAUUGUCUAAGCAGCCUGGACGUCGAACACCUCGACGCGGUGUUCCGUGAUGCCCUAAGUCCAUCGCAGUGCUUCAUCAAGAUGGCCGGAAACAAUUUACACAAACAGGCAAGUAGGAUAGGUUUAGUUACGCUUAAAAUCGAUUGUUUCGAGCACUAA